GAAAUAAACAAAACCCUUAUUCCGCUCAUUCGCGCUCAAACGACGAAACGAUUCAAACGAUUAGGGCUGAGGGCUUCACAAGUUGAGAUGGACUUUGAAGGUACAUCCAUGGCUCAUCUUCCUCCAUCCCCUGUAGAUCUCGUUGAUCAUCCACCAUCGGAAUCGCCGGAAUCAUCAUCUCCUCUAUCCCCUCUAGGUCUCGCCGAUCAUCCACCUUCGGAAUUGCCGAAAUCAUCAUCUCCCACCAGAAUGGAGGAUGAUGGGCGUGAGGAGAAUGUCAAAGAAAGUGAGGAAUUGAUCAAAAAGUACCUUCCAUGUCUUAAGAUGGAGUUUGAAUCGGUGAAAGCGGCGUUUGAGUUUUACAAUGAAUAUGCAAGGAUUACCGGUUUCAGUGUUAAAAUAUGUUACAGUAAUUUAAGCAAGAGAGAUGGCGUUAUGAUUAGUCGAAAAUUUGCAUGUAAUAAGGAAGGACAAAAGGCAAAAGAUAAACGGAACUUAGUUGUAGAACGACCUCACAAAGACACCAGAAUUAAUUGUCUUGCAUCCCUGUUUGUAUCAUUGGACCGAGGAACUUCGAAAUGGGUUGUGAAAAGGUUUGAAGAAAACCACAACCAUCUUUUACAUCUUCUCGAACAUUCCCAUUUGCUGAAAUCCCACAGAAUGGUAAGCGAGGCUCAGGCUAUAAAUAUUGAUAUAGCUGCUGAUAUUGGUUUAUCGCUUAAGGCAUCGCACGAUCUCUUAAGUGCCCAAGCAGGGGGGAAGGAAUGCUUAGGGUUCACGCGGGAGGACCAAAAAAAUUAUUUGCGUUCGAGAAGACAAAGGAGCUUAAAGUAUGGUGAAUCGGGGGCUUUGUUGGGAUAUUUUCGUAAUCAAUCUGCUCAAAAUCCAUAUUUCUACUAUGCGGUUCAAUUGGAUGUUGAUGAGAAGAUAACCAAUAUUUUUUGGGCUGACCAUGAGAUGAUUCACUACAAGAAAUCAAGCCUUUUGCGAGGAAGCAUAUUCCUCGCUAAAUACAAUAUUUUGCUCGCAAAAGCAUUUUUGCAAGGAAAUUUAAUUCGUCGUCUUUUCCUCGCAAAUGGGUAG